AUGAGCGGUGAGGCCACGGCGCGGCGAUCGAUACAAAUGCGACCGGUGAAAGGCGGAUGCCGGAAGCUUCAGGGGACGAGGGUAUACCAGGACGAAGCAUACCAGGACGAAGCAUACCAGGACGAAGCAUACCAGGACGAAGCAUACCAGGACGAAGCAUACCAGGACGAAGCAUACCAGGACGAAAUGUACUACGACGAGGCAUACUAG